CGAGCACAGCGGGCGCACUGUCCCUGCACUGCUGUCACAGCAAGCCUGCAAAAGUGCUGCUCCAUACACUGUUCUGCUGACUGACAGUUAUGUGCAAGCUCUGCAGGGGAUCAUGAAGAGGAGGACAGAGAAGAGCGCAGCAGGGAGCAAGAAGAGGGACCUGGGCUGGAGGAAGAAAGCCAGGGAUGUGCUAUGGGAAGAAGAGGACCAGGAGAUGGAAGAAGUGCAAUUCCUGGAGGAUGACAUGUACAUCAGCAUCACAGAUCGGGUAUACUUUUCCAUCCUGUGCUCUAAACCAAAGCCCACUCCAAGCACGCAUUACUUCUCCACUGAUGAUGAACUACUGUAUGAAAACUUCUAUGCGGACUUUGGACCACUUAACUUGGCCAUGCUGUAUAAAUACUGCUAUAAGCUAAAUAAGAAAAUGAAGUCCUUUGCUUUGACAAAGAAGAAGAUUGUCCAUUACACCAACAACGACCCGAAAAAACAAGCCAAUGCUGCCUUUUUAAUAGGAUGUUUUGCUAUAAUAUACUUGAAGAAACUCCCUGAGGAAAUGUACAGAAUCUUACAGUUGGGAAAUGUUUCUUACCUUCCAUUUAGGGAUGCCUCGUUUGGUACCUGUAGUUUUCAUCUAACUCUUCUUGACUGUUUCCACGCUGUUCACAAGGCUUUCCAGUAUGAAUUCUUUGAUUUUAGAAUUUUUGAUCUGGAGGAAUACCAGCAUUAUGAGAGAGCUGAAAAUGGGGAUUUCAACUGGAUAAUCCCACUGAAAUUUCUAGCUUUUAGUGGACCUCAUCAAAAGAGUAAAAUGGAAAAUGGUUACCCUCACCAUGCUCCAGAAGCCUACUUCCCAUACUUCAGAGCACAUGACAUUUCUACUGUUAUUCGCCUUAACAAGAAAAUGUAUGACGCAAAGCGGUUUACAGAUGGCGCCUUUGAGCACCAUGACCUUUUCUUUGUCGAUGGAAGUACACCUUGUGAUUCUAUAUUGAAGAAGUUUCUAAACAUCUGUGAAAAUGCAGAAGGCGGUAUAGCUAUACAUUGCAAAGCUGGUCUAGGGAGGACAGGUACCCUCAUUGCAUGCUAUUUGAUGAAGCAUUACAGAAUGACAGCGGCAGAGACCAUUGCUUGGAUUCGGAUAUGUAGACCUGGAUCUGUGAUUGGUCCGCAACAGCAGUACCUUGUGGACAAGCAAAUGAGCCUUUGGAUGGAAGGAGACAUUUAUCGCAAGAAGCAGAGCGAGCAGAAAAAUGGAAACAAAGUGUCCAUGACAUUUAUAAUGUCUGGAGUAGAUGACAUUUCUCUUCAGGAUGAUCUGAGCAAAGCUUCUGGCAAAGAAGACAUUGAACUGUACAGUACAGAUGAUGAAGAAGUCAAUGGUAUGACUCAGGGCGAUAAGCUCCGUGCCUUGAAGUGCAAGCGACAGACAAGAAAAUCAUCAGCAGCUCCUUUGUCAGUAAUUCUGCAGUCCAGUGUGCAAAACCCCAAAUCAGACUUAACUGGCAGUUCAUCCUUUACAAAAAGGACAACCAGGUCUUCUGCAGGGAGCAGCACUUUGAGAGGCGUGAUUCCUGAGCGGAAGAAAAGGAUUGCUUUGCACCAAAUGCGCUUAAUGAAAUUAUGCCACACUGUUCCUCGUGCUCGGACAGUGCUUCGAUAAAGGAGACCAGCUGGAGCUGAAGAAGGCCUUUUAAAAAUGAAGAAG